AUGAAGCCGCGGAAAGAUGGCGAGCUUCCCCCUUUGGAGCUCUUCCCCUGGACCGCGGCCGUCUGUGCGGUUUGGUCCGUCGUCUCGGCAGUGUUCCUCGUUGUGGCCUACCGAGAUGGUGGCAUCAGCGAGCCCUGGCGCGACGGGGAUGAGCUCGACGCCAUUCGCGUCCACGCCGCCACGGCAGUGAUGCUCGUUUUCUCUGCCUUUGUGCUGGAAACAGGCUUCUUGUGGACAGGACUUCUCUUCGGUCAGACCGACGACGCGGGCCUCAGUGGACGUAUGGCGAACCACCGAGUCGUGGACUCGCUCUUGACACUCUUUGAGUACGGCCUGAAGCUGGCUUGUGGGAUGUGCAUUUGGAAGAUGCCCAGCUUGGUGCACAUUGACCAUUUCGCAGUCGGCGGGCCGCGGCCAGUCUACUUUGUGCGAUUUGCACAGUGGUCCUUGGCAGUCCCAACUCUGGUUUUGAUAUCGAACAGGGCCUUUCUUGCCGAGCUGGGCUUUCGUGCGACGUUCCUGCGGUCGCUGCCGUCCUUAGUCCUUGUCUUCUUCUCCAUUUGGCUCUCCUGGCUGAUGGAGGUGACACCGGUCUACGCAUGGAGGUGGCCACUUCUCGCGGCCAGCGGCGUAGCUUUCGUUUUAGCUGAAGUGGACCAGGUGCGACUCUGCUGGCAGUGUCGGCAUCUGGAGCUUCAUGGUAUGAAGACCUGUAUGGUGAUCUAUCAGGUGCUGACCUUCGUGUUCUACACCAUAGUUUUCCUCAUGGGCCGAUUCGGGGUCGUUGGCCUGCAAUUGGAGCAGUACAUCUACGCGUACUGCGACUCCACUGUCAAGGUGCUGCAGGGUGCCCUUCUAGCACUCAUCCGCGGCUCGGAGGAUGCGCAGACGAUCCACCUCUGGUACGCAGAAGCCGUCGCGUACAAGAAGGACUUCGAUGCCAUUCUCAAGUUGGCGCACGUGCCGAUCUUCGCCAUUCAGAUAGACUGCACAAUCACCAGAGUGAACGAGUCCGCGCUGGAACUGCUUGGACUGCGCAGUGGGAGCGACGUUCUGGGUAGAGACCUGAACGAUCUCCUUGUCCAGAGCAGCAAGGAGGCAAUUUCUCGUUCUCUGGAGAAGAUGCGAAAGGAUCAGUGGAGGAACUGUUCGGGACUCUUUGAGGUGACCUUCCGCCAGCCGAGUUCAGAGAAGGAAGCUUUUCUGCUACUAAACCUGGUCCCCAUUGACUUGGAGGCUGAUGGUGUGCCCCAGUCGAUAGUGGCCAUUGGCCAGGAUCUGACAGAACUCUCCGAGCUCAAAAGCGUGGAGGAGAAGAAAAGCAGACUUAUGGCCGUGGUCUCACAUGAGCUGCGCAGUCCCCUCCACGGCAUGAUCGGACUCUCCACCGGCAUGAUAGACGUUGUGAAGACCGAGGGUCUGAAAAGGCAGCUCGGCAUGGUCCGGAGUUGCGCCGUCCGACUGCUGGACCUGGUGACAAACAUCAUGGACCUUGCGGAGUCUGACAAGCGCAAGAAGAGCCAAGAGCCCCUCGCGAUGAUGCGGCAGAAGGUGAAUUUCCUUUCCAUCGUCGAGGAGAUCAUCGUCAUGAGCCGUCAUGCCGUCGACAAGGCGAACAAGCCUUUGAUCAAGACAGGCGUGGAGCUCCGAAACCUCGUCCGCGACAUGGAGCGCGUGCCCGUGGUGUUGGGAAACCCGUACAAGUUCACACAGCUCGUGUACAACUUGGUGACCAAUGCCUGCAAGUUCACGAAGCAGGGCUCUGUUUCAGUGUGCGGGAAGUAUCUGCACGACAAGUCGAUUCUGGAAAUCUCCGUGGUGGACACAGGCUGCGGCAUCUCGAAAGACGCCCAGGAUCGAAUCUUCAAGCCCUUCGAACAGGAGCACAGCAACAGCGGUGACUCACGAAACUUCCAGGGCAUGGGGCUGGGCCUGGCGGUCUGCUGGGAGAUCGUGGAGCAGCACGGAGGAUCCAUCCGCGUCGAGUCAGACAUCGGCAAGGGUUCGAGCUUCAUCGUGUCGCUGGCUUGCCAGAAGGAUGAAUUUUGCGAUCCCGUAUGUGAGGUUCCCGAUUUGGAGAAGCCAAGUGACGAGCCAGUCCCCGUGAAGACCCCGCCGGCAGUUCCUCCCAUUAGGCGGCCGCGACGAGCGAGGCCGCUUAUCCUCUCCGUAGAUGACGACGAGGUCAACCAAGAGGUUAUCAGAUCUUCGCUGCAGAGUGACUACGACAUUGUGUGUUGCAUGAGUGGGCCGUCAGCACUUCAAUGGCUCGAAGAGCAGCACCAGAAGAAGGAGAUCUUGCCAGACAUCGUGCUCCUGGACAUCCAGAUGCCCGGCAUGACAGGCUACGAAGUCUGCAAGAAGCUUCGCCAGCAUAUGGAAGAGCGCAUCUGUGAAGUGCCUAUCAUGAUGCUGUCGGCCAACAUGUCCAAGAUUUCUGCCAUGAAGUGCCACGAAAGCGGCAGUACUGACUUCCUGGCGAAGCCUUUUGAGAAGGAGCUCCUACUCCAGAAGGUGAGGCAGGCCAUGGACGCCGCCAAGGAGUCUCCAGCUGCGAUGCCCCGGCAGUCCACGGAAGACAUGUCCAUGGAUGUCAUGAGUGCAAGGACAAGGCUUCUGGAAGCGGAGAAAAAUGACCUCGAGGUCCAGUCCCGGCUUGAUCGAGGACGGAUUCGGGACCUUGAGCAGGAGCUGCGACGACAAAGCAGGGAGUUGUCGCAGCUGCGAUCGCAAGCGCGUGACCGCGGCGAGGAGAGAGGCCCCUUGCGCCAAGAUGCAUCCCAUCCUUCGGCUCUGUCGGAAGUAGACUUCCUCUACUCCGAGCUGGCGCAGCGAGACAUGGACAUUGUGCGGCUCCAAAGCCAGCUGGGUAUGUGCAAAGCUUCCAAUCAGCUCUUCUCCCGCCGGAUGAACAUGCAGAGCAAGCUGAACCAGAUUCUGCAUGACGUGCUUACCGAUGGCGAGAACGCCGAUGUAAUGGCUGAGCUCAACGCAACUGAAGACUGA